AUGUCUAAUUAUCAAUGUAGCUUACAAGGCAUUGUCAUUGGCCCUGAACAAAAGGAUAGACUUAUUCAACGUCUUGUGGGUAUUUGUGGUAACGAUGCUUUAGUCGACCUCUUUGAGCAUGAAAUUGUAUUCACACCCUCCACUCAAACACCCGUGGGUCCUGCACGUAAUGACGAUGUCGUAUUACGAGUACAGUCUCGCAUUGCCAAUGAAAAGGAAAGGAGCUUUCGGUUUCGACAAUGGUAUUUGUGCAUGCAAGGCAAUCCAGAGCCUCAACGUGCUAGAGCAGUCACUGUACGUCCUCAUGCUCGCGUUCAAUUAUCCGGCGAUGUCUUUCGUUUCAUGAAGUCCUUAGGCUACGGGUAUUCAUUUGAAGUGGUGCGUAAAGGUUAUUUAUUAGCCUAUGACAAGACAUUGUGUAUCACAGUGUCUCAACUGUACAGGCUCAAGACAAAGGUGGAUUUAUCUUCAGCAGUGCUUGUGGGAGAUGCAGAUAUGUGGGUGAUUGAAGCGACUUCUUUACCCGUACCUCAGGAACAGGUGAAUCAAAUGGCUGAUCAUUUAGGCAGGUUUAAGAAUUCACUCACUGGGUAA